AUGCUAGCGAGUGGGGUUCGCCUCAGUCCCGGGCCUGGCCGUGCUGUGGAAGUGGCGGCAGGUUCGAUUCCCGGUGGUGGGUCCGGCGCUGCUUCCGUCGCCGGUUAUAGUAGCAGCGGCAACAGCAGUAGCAGCAACAACAGUGAGACCGUCGCGUCGCUGCCGGGAAAGAUGAGCCUUUCUCCGAAGGAGCUGACGAGCCUGCUGAGCAUCGUGUCUGAAGAGGCCGGGGGCAGCACUUUCGAGGGCCUCUCAACCGCCUUCCACCACUACUUCGGAAAGGCCGAGCAUUUCCGCGUAGGCUCCGUCCUGGUGUUGCUGCUGCAGCAGCCGGAUCUGCUGCCCACGGCGCCGCAGCGCCUGACUGCCCUCUACCUACUCUGGGAGAUGUACCGUACCGAGCCGCUCGCUGCCAACCCCUUCGCCGCCAUCUUCGCCCACCUCUUGAAUCCGGCGCCCCCCGAGCGCGCCCCCGCCGGCUCGGGGCCCGGAGCGGCAGGGAGCGGCGGCGGGGGGGACGACAACGAAAAGCCGCCGCUCUCAGGCUUUUUGCCCGCAAUUACUCCACCAGAACGAUUCUUUCUUUCCCAGUUGAUGUUGGCCCCUCCUAGAGAACUCUUCAAAAAGACUCCAAGACAGAUUGUAUCGAUGGAUGUAGGAAAUAUGGGCCAAUCUGUGGAUAUAAGCGGUCUUCAGUUAGCAUUAGCAGAACGUCAGUCUGAGCUGCCAACACAAAGUAAAGCUAGCUUUCCUAGCAUUCUCAGUGAUCCUGAUCCAGAUUCUUCAAAUUCUGGUUUUGACAGCUCUGUUGCAUCCCAGAUUACUGAAGCCUUAGUGAGUGGACCAAAACCACCUAUUGAAAGUCAUUUUCGACCAGAAUUCAUCCGCCCACCACCUCCACUCCAUAUAUGUGAAGAUGAGUUAGCUUGGUUAAAUCCAAUAGAGCCAGAUCAUACAAUUCAGUGGGAUAAGUCAAUGUGUAUUAAAAAUAGUGCUGGAGUGGAAAUCAAACGAAUCAUGGCCAAAGCAUUCAAAAGUCCUUUGUCAUCACAGCAACAAACACAGCUUCUUGGAGAAUUGGAGAAAGAUCCUAAGCUUGUUUACCAUAUUGGCCUCACUCCUGCCAAAUUGCCUGAUCUGGUGGAAAACAAUCCUUUAGUAGCUAUAGAAAUGCUGCUUAAAUUAAUGCAAUCAAGUCAGAUAACUGAAUACUUUUCAGUAUUAGUCAACAUGGACAUGUCUCUACAUUCAAUGGAAGUUGUAAAUCGGCUCACUACAGCAGUUGAUCUUCCUCCAGAAUUUAUUCAUCUUUAUAUAUCUAAUUGUAUUUCUACUUGUGAACAAAUUAAGGAUAAGUAUAUGCAGAAUCGGCUGGUACGUCUUGUUUGUGUAUUCCUUCAAUCCUUGAUUCGAAACAAAAUAAUUAAUGUACAGGACUUAUUUAUAGAGGUGCAAGCCUUUUGUAUUGAAUUCAGCCGGAUAAGAGAAGCAGCUGGACUUUUUCGAUUGCUGAAGACACUAGACACUGGUGAAAAUCCUUCAGAAACAAAGACUUCUAAAUAAGACUGAUUUGGAACUUUUUUUUACUUGAUUAGUGUGGAAAAAAUUCUGUAUAGUUUUUUGUUGCUUGCAAUUAAAAUGUUUGUGCUUUAUUAAAUUGAAGUUUUUGUUGAUGACUUGAACUAAUUUAAACUUUAAGCAAAUUAACCUGAUGUUAAACCUGAAACUCUAAAUGGGUGCCAACCUACCUAGCAAAGUAUUCCAUGCUCAUCUGUGUCCCAGAUGAUUUUAAAUCAAGUUUAAACAAAAAUAGAAAAACUUGGGAGCUUACAUAUCACCCACUAAAAAUGAUAAACAAGACCCAAAAAUCAUUCUUGCAAAGGGAACAGGCU